AUGGCCACCAAAAUGGUUGUACACGAAGUUGAGUUUCUCGCUAACAUGUCUGGCCGCGGAAAAGGUGGAAAGGGUCUUGGAAAGGGUGGUGCUAAGCGCCAUCGCAAAGUCCUACGAGAUAACAUUCAAGGUAUCACCAAGCCUGCAAUUAGGCGUCUCGCACGCCGUGGUGGCGUUAAGCGCAUCUCCGGGCUCAUCUAUGAAGAAACCAGGGGCGUGCUCAAGGUCUUUCUUGAGAAUGUUAUUCGCGAUGCUGUAACAUAUACCGAGCAUGCUAAACGAAAGACCGUCACCGCAAUGGACGUCGUCUAUGCCCUCAAGCGCCAAGGCCGCACGCUGUACGGCUUUGGAGGCUAG